UUUUUUCCGUUUCUUCAAUUUAAAGCAAAAAAUAGCACCUAAGUAAAACUAAGGCCCUCUUGUCCAAUAAAAGACACAGCCCAAACAUGACAAGUCAUACAGGGUGGCGUAAGAAAUCAGAACAUAGGCACCAAUCCACCGAAAAGCUCUCUCCUAGACAAGAGCAGACCACAAGUCACUCGCGGUCAUUUUGUUGAACACCAACAACUGGACUGAUGAAACUAUCUAUCCUGCCGGAGUUUUGUCAUCUUUAAAAAAAAAAAGGAGGAGGAAAUAAGAGCAAAACACCAGAUGCUGCUCUCCAAGCAGGAUUGGCGUGAACUUACUGAAUAAACUCAAACCCUUCAGAGUCCUCUUCCAGAGUAAGAAGAGGGAAAUGAGUGACUUUGACAACUUCACCAAUGGGACUGGAAAUCAUAGCCUCUGUACCAGAGAUUACAAAAUCACCCAAGUUCUUUUUCCUCUACUCUACACAGUUUUGUUUGUUGUUGGGAUAACCAUGAAUAGCCUGGCAAUGGGGAUUUUCUUCCAAAUCCCCAGUAAAUCUAACUUCAUCAUCUUCCUCAAGAACACUGUCAUUUCUGAUCUUCUCAUGAUCCUGACUUUCCCUUUCAAAAUCCUCAGCGACGCAAAGCUGGGAGCUGGGCCACUGAGGGCAUUUGUAUGCCAGGUCACCUCUGUCAUAUUCUACUUCACAAUGUACAUCAGCAUUUCCUUCCUUGGGUUGAUCACCAUUGACCGUUACCAGAAAACCACAAGACCAUUCAAAACAUCCAAUCUUAAUAACCCAUUGGGCGCCAAGAUUCUAUCUGCUGUGAUUUGGAUAUUCAUGUUCCUCCUCUCCUUGCCAAACAUGAUCUUGACCAAUAAGAAGCCAGUGCAUUUGAAUGUGAAGAAAUGUGCUUUCCUAAAAUCAGAUUUCGGGCUGGUAUGGCACGAAAUUGUCAAUUACAUCUGCCAAGUAAUUUUCUGGAUCAAUUUGCUCAUCAUAAUCGUCUGCUACACACUGAUCACAAAAGAGCUCUAUCGAUCCUAUGUAAGAACGAGGGGGGUGGGGAAGGCACCUAAGAAAACUGUUAACGUCAAAGUGUUUAUUGUCAUUGCUGUGUUUUUCAUUUGUUUUGUGCCUUUUCAUUUUGCCAGAAUUCCCUACACCCUCAGCCAAACUAGAGAUGUUUUUGACUGCACUGCUGAGAAUACCUUAUUUUAUGUGAAAGAGAGUACCCUGUGGUUGACUUCUUUAAAUGCAUGCUUAGAUCCAUUCAUCUAUUUUUACCUCUGCAAAUCCUUUAGGAAUUCCUUGAUGAGCAUGUUAAGGCACAGAAAUGCUCCCAUAGCCUCAGCCCAGGAAAUCAGAAACAAAGGGCAGGACAACAGCAGCCCAUCAGAAGAGAUCCCAUUGUAGAGUAAAGAUGCCUUGAGAAAAAAACAGUUCCAUAACUCUAACACUGGAAGAAAAGCACUAUAUACAUAAAAGUAUCAUUGCUCGCUGGAAAUGAGAGAGUCGAUGGCCAACUCUACUGAAAUGAAGAAUUUUUUAGAAAAGCCAACAGAAUAUUUUCUUAACCUGCAGCUAUGACUUUUCAGUAUUUUAAGCUAUUGCAAUAGGUAGGGAAGUAACCUAAUGGAAAGGUAUGUAACCAAUCACCAUAUAAGAGUCAUAGUACAUAGUCAAAAGAUGCAAACAUUUUCCCAAGAUUAUAUAGCAAACUAAGUACUGUACACUGUCUGCUUUGAUUUUUUUAUUGAUAAGGUUCCAUUAUUAGCUAAAAAAGGAAUAAUGGUCUUCCUUCUGAACCAUAAUUGUUGCUUAACAAAACUUAUAUACUCUAAGGUAGCAAAUCCUAAUUCAGUAACUGACCUAAAUGUUUAAAUAGUUUUGUUGUUGUAAAAGGUCAUAGGAAAUACUCUUACAGUGAACUAUGAACCUUAACUUGACUGCUGUAAUGCAAAUGCAAAUGAAUUUUAUCCUUAAUCUGGAUUAAGUCAACUCCUAAAUUUCCAAAGAAUGUGAUCUUCACUUAAAGGGAGCAGAGACCUUCGGGAAGGAAAACAGGCAUUUCUAGUCAUUGACAUUCGGUAACGAAAAUGAUUCAGGAAAGUACAAAGUACUCUGAAAACGGGAAAAGAUUUUAGCUUAUAAUAUUGACUGUAUUUAUGGGGUAAAACACUGGUAAUGUGCUUGGGGAAAUUGACUCAUUUCCAGAAAAUAUGUUAUUUGACUUAAUGGAUAUUUCUCUAUCUAAUGUGGCUAUGCUUGAAACACCACCCGGCCAUCAUUAAGAAUAUAAUGUUUAAAUGAUAAUUGUCAUCAUCAUUAGCUCCUUAUUUACAAAGUAUUAUGCAAAAGAACUCAGAGGAAGAACAGGCUUAACUGUAAAUUAUAAAAUAGCAGUUAAAAUAACUCACGCAUCUCUUCUCAAUUUUUCCUAAUUACAACAACAUUCAUCUAAAUACAAAUGUGUACACUAAAGUCUUCUCCAAGACCUCAUCAAGCAUGGGGGUGACUCCAAUGGAGGGCGAUGUGGAAUAAUCAAAGGCUAGUCAGAUAGAACACAACUUAAGGGAGGUUUUACAAGAUGGAAUGGCUUCUAAGGGUCUGGUGACUACUCUCUGUGUUGUAAGGACCAACCCAGCUGAGUUCAGAGAAGAUCAGAAAUUGUUUUGAUUUUUUAACGGCAAUAACUUGUGAAAACCCCCUCCCGAGGGAUGGAAGGUCUCCUAGGGGAGAGAAUGGCCAUUCUGCUUAAACCUCAGAUCUUUGAAUGUACCUCUACAUCUAUCCUAGCACUUGUUCUACCAUGAUGCCCAAUCCAAAUAAAAAAUAUAAAUAUGAAUGGACAACAAUUCAUAUCAUUUUUGAAAAUGAUACUGUCAAAAAAAUUCAACUCAGUAAGCCCAUAUAUGUGCAAAAUAAGCAAGUGAACUAGACUGACACCAACAGUGGGUUUUUAUUUGACAUGACUUACCUUCCUAUGUUUCCUAAAGGCAAAAAAAAAAUGCCAGUGACUGGGCUUUUACAUAAGGACCAAAUAAUGAUCUUAUUCAGUUUAUGCCCUUUUAUUAUAGAAGCAUUUACAGUAUCUUUUACAUUUCACUGACAUACACAAGAUCAGGAUUUCAUGUGAACAAAAUAUGAAUAAUAGUCCAGGGGGUAAAUAAGUGGUCUAAUAGCUUAAUUGUCAAUGAAACCUCAUCAUUACAUUUCAUAGUAAAUUGAAAUGUUCUGGGUGUAAAUGCAUCAUUUUAAAAAGUACCACAACUAAAACAUUUUUGGAUGUCUUUUCUUAUGAAAGAAAAAAGUUUUAAUUAAAAAGAAAAUAAUAACGAUGUAUGGAGAUUUCUAGAUACUUGUUAUCAUUAUUAAUAAUUAACUGAGACUAUAAUUUCACUGAAUAAAAGAAGGGAAAUGGAGGGAUACAGGGGGAAAUCUAGGUGGUGUCAAAAUAAAAGAUGUCGAAAAAAUUCAUGCUUAUUUAAAACAAGAAAUUCAGAGGAUUCUUAACUGAAAAAUAUUUUAUUUAUAAGCCAGGUAUGUACCAUGACUGAUUUACAUUAAACUGUUAACCAUU